UACAGGAAGUCCGGUGAUGACAGCAUCCCCUCAGGAUCAUAUAGAUACAACAACCAGAUCUUUGGAACCUUCCACACAACCACCGAAACUCAAGACUCUGGAGCCGUCUGAUUCUGUCCCUACCCAGAUGCCCCUGCUUCAACAGCCACUCUUCAAAAAGAUCCUGUGGAGGAGAAAGAGAGAUCUACACAAGAGACAGAUACGAGGAGCCAAUGACAAAGUUUGCUCAGGAGUAACUGAAUCCGCUCAGCUGGUCAGCACCACCAAAGUGAUGUACAACUGGAUCCUGGCUGUUCCAUCGAACAACAUCAACAUGAUCUUCCAGGAAGUGCUGGUUGACCUGAAUUCUAAGAAUGAUCGUGGUUUGUACCAAUCACGGAUCAAGGCCACUGUUGGCGGGCGACCUUUGACCUUUUACAGCUUGGUGGGUUUGGAGAAUGAAGCGUUCUAUCGCAGCAUGCCACGCAUCAUUGCCGUCGCCAUUGAUGCUCUCAAAACGUAAAACACACUUGUAUAUAUUAUUACGUCCUAAACUUUCUCAUGUGACAUCACCUGCUGCUAUGGAAAUGAUUGGAUGAGACCUUCUUUCUAAAGUCAUCACAGGACAGCUAACACUUUUCUGGAGGAUGAAGCUGGUCACUGUGUACUGAGACUGGACUGACAUGGCAAUAUGUUCACCCCGAUUUAAUUUAUUUCCCAGGGACAGAGGUUGAUCCUCCUGUCUGAGCUGCAAACUGUACAGAUAUGGUAUUUGAUGUUUGUUAUAUAUUUAUUUGUAUUACUUUGUAUUUUUUGUAUGAAAACAAAUUGCUAAAAAAUUAA